ACCUUCCCCCGUCUGCUCCCACCGUGAAACAAAAGCAAGUCCUAUUAACUAUAGUGCGUUGUAUAUUGAGGUGUGCUUGCUGGUUCCUGGCGCUUUACGUCGCUGUACUAGCGAAUGCAUCCACUCACAUCCGCGCACGCCCAGCACCCGCAACUGUAAGUUGCCAAAAUCCCUGCGACAAGGUCAUUCCAUGCAUUCUGCGUCGCAAGGCGUAAAGGAGGGGAGAAGGACUUAUAAUAGGAGGGGCGGGAGUCGAACGGCAGGACCGCUUGGCGCCAUGCAGCUUGGCCUUCGGCCCUUCGCGCUCUGCACAUGAUGGUGCAUCCUGGCAGACAUACUUAUAAAUAAAGCUAUAGAUACUCAGAGCUAUAUCUAUCGAAGAGCUGUUUCCUCAUUUCCCGCGCUUGCGACGGCACAACUUCCACAAACAUGGUAUCGUCUGUUCAUCAUUUUGGAUUGCGUGAAACCAUAAAGCCCAUUUGGCAUUAACAGCAUACUGCGCACCAGAGCGUCAAGCGGCUAGCGGGACACAUUGCAUCGCGCAUAAAUGAGCAGCUUGCAUACGUCUCCAGCGCUUGCAUGUGCGCUGACAUGUCGAUCACUGGCGGGCUCGGGAACAACUGGAGUCCCCUGUGCUCCCGGCCCGGUCUCGGUCGCCCGGCAGCAGCAUGCCCGUGCGUCCGGCCUAUCGCGGCCCGGUCGCCAGGUACCCACUCGGAGACUUACUUUAAGCGUCAGCGCAUGUGCUACCGCAGCUGCCUCGGGGUCCCGAAGGCAGAUGACUGCGAGAGGCUUUGCCGUUUUGAUCGAGAGCGGUAGCAGCCGGGGCAGCGCCAGCGCGCACAGGCCUCGCAGUCCUCGCCGCCAUGCCCUCACUCGGGCCUCGACACACAGCAUCGGCUCUAACACGACAGGCGAGACGACAGGAGCAGGGGCAGGAGCAGGGGCAGGAGCGGGGGCAGGAGCGGGGGCAGGAGGCGUGGCGGGACCUUUGGACACUGCAGAGGCGGCGCUUCCGCCGCCGCCAGGCGUGCUACCACGGCGCACCCGCACGCCGCGCCGGGCCGCGAAGGACACGGCAGCAGCAGCAGCAGCAGCAGCAGCAGCAGCAGCGGCGCCAGCAGCUGCUGCUGCGGCGGCGGCAGCUGAGAUAACGGCUGCAGCUGCAGCAGGGAUGGCUGAGGCCGCAGGCUCGGAGGCUGCCACCGCCAGCGCCGCUGACGCGGCCCCUACAAAGCCCAAACGCACACGGGCGCGGCGGGCUUCUUCGACGUCCUCCUCAUCCCCUGCUACAGCCACACCCACAGCCACACCCACAGCUGUAGCAACCGGCACUGCCUCUGCCGACAGCGAUGGUGACGAAACGGUACCGGCAGUAGCAGCCACGCCGGCUCGCACGCGCACGCGGCGAAGCCGCACCGCCCCCUCCACCCCUUCUUCCUCCCCCUCCUCUUCCCAGCCUGCGCAGCCGCUGCUACAGCCUCAGUCGUCGCAGCCGCUGCAGCAGCAGCUACAGCCGCCGCCGCCGCAGCCGGUUGUGUUUAGCUCCAAGCUGCCUCGCGGCGCCGCCUUCACGGCUGUGCAGCAAUGGGUGGUGUUCAGUGACCUGCACGUGCGCGAGUCGUCACUGGGGGUGUGCCUGCAGGUGCUGCGGGCGGUUCACUCGGAGGCGCAGGCGCGGAAUGCCGGCAUCCUGUUCCUAGGUGACUUUUGGGACAAGCGCGGCGCUCUGCCUGUGGAGCCGCUGAACCAGGUGCUGCAGGAGAUGUCGGGGUGGCGCUGCCCGGUGCUCAUGCUGGUAGGCAACCACGACCAGCGCACCGCCCGCACCAACUCUCGGCGCCAGGCGGAGGAGGGGCUGGAGCCUGGCGCCUUCCCGCGCCGCCUGCCCGCCUACUCCGGCCACUACCACCUGCCGCAUCAGGUGCCCAACACCGACAUCACCUACAUCGGCUCGCCGUACCAGGUGUCCAUGAACGAGGCGGGCGAGUCCAAGCGCCUGCUACUGCUGCGCGCCGCCGACUGGGCGGUGGUGGGCGAGGUGCCGCUGGCGCUGGGGCCGCGGCACAUGCGGCUGGCGGGGCCGGCGGCGGCGCGGCAGCUGGCGGCGCUGGCGGCGGCGGCGGCGGCGGCGGCGGCGGCAGCAGGGGCACAGGAGGAGGGGGAGCAGAAGGAGGGGGAGCAGAAGGAGGGGGAGCAGGAGGCGGUGGCGGGUGAGCCGGGGCUGUCGCUGGCGUCUGCCGGGUCCGAGGAUGGCGAUGGCGGUGGCGGGCCUGCGGCCGCCGCGGCUCCGGCGCUGCGGGCGGGUGACCGGGUAAAGCUGUGGCUGAGCGGGGCGGAGGCGGCGGAGGAGGGGGUGGCGGCGGCGGUGGCGGCGCUGGAGGCCGCGGGUGUGUCAGUGGAGCAGGUGCUACAGCCGGAGAACAAGGCGCCACGACUGCAGGCCGCCGAGGGCCUGACGGUUGACGAGUUGGUUGAUCUGUACUGCGGCGGCGGUUAUACUACGACAGCGGCCGAGGCGGCAGCGUCAACCGCCAGCGCCGCUGGCAGUGAAGACGGCGAGGAGGCGCCAGCCGCCGUCGCCGCCGCCGCGCCGCGGUUGAGUGAGGAGGCGGCGGCGGUGGUACGGCAGGCGGUGGCGGCGGCGCGGGAGGCGGCUGGCGGCGCGGCGGCGGCUUCGGGCAGCUUCGGGCAAGGGGCGGCGGGGGUGGUGUGUACGGAUCUGGAGUUGGAAAGUGUGACCAUGUGCGGGUACGGCCCGUUCGUGGAGGAGCAGACCUACCCUCUGUCCUCCCGCGGCCUGCGGGUGGUCGUGGGCGAGAACCGCGACGAGCCGGGCGCCGACUCCAACGGCGCCGGCAAGACCAGCCUGGUGGCGGCGCCGCUGUGGGCGCUGACCGGGGACGUGCUGGCGCGGACCGAGAGCGGCGGCGGCGGGCGCGUGCCUGUUGACGCGAUGCGCAAUGACGGCUGCGGCGUGUGCCGAGUGGCGCUGAGGGGGCGGCUGAACGGACUGCCCUUUGUUGUGGAGAGAGAGGUCAAGCGCGGCAAGACCAGCUCGCUCACCUUCAUGUGGGGCGGCCAGGACCACACGUGCCAGGACGUGUCGGGCACCGCGGACCGCAUCCGCACAGCCUUUUCGGUGGAGCUGCUGCGGGCCGCCGCCUUCUUCGGCCAGAACGACAUCACUGGACUGCUGGAGGCGAAUGAUGCCGCGUUCAAACAGAAGCUGGGUCUCGUGAUCGAUCUGGAGGUGUGGGAGGCGGCCAGGCAGACGCUGGCGGCGCCGCGCAAGCAGGCGGCGGCGGCGGUGGCGGCGGCGGAGUCGCGCGGGCUGCUGCUGCGGGAGCAGGCGGGCCGGCGGGCGGCGGAGCUGCAGGGGCUGCUGGCGGCGGAGGCGGGCUGGGCGGCGGAACACGCCCAGAGGCUGGAGUGGAGCAGGGCGGCGCUGGCGGCGCGGGCUGCCGAGGCGGCGGCCGCGGCGGCGCCGCUGGCGCCCGCCGGCGGCGCCGCGCGCCGCCAGGCCGCCGCGCUUCGCGCCGCUGCCGCCGCCGCUGAGGAGGAGUGCCGCCGCUGGGAGGCGGAGGUGGCGCAGCAGCGAUCCGCCGCCGCCGCCACCGCCACCUCCGAAAUCCCUGGCACAGCCAGCACAGCCGCCGCCGCCGCCGCCGGGCCGGCGGCGACGUCGGCGCCGCCGCCGCUGGGCCCCUGGACGGCGGAGGCGGAGGGUCUGGGGGCGGAGGCGGAGGCGGGGCUGCGGGCGGCGCUGCGGGAGCGUCAGGAGGCGGCGGCUGCACAGGGCCGAGUCGUGCAGGAGUGGCAGGAGCGGGCCUCUCAGUCGUUGGGGCGGCUGAGGGCGCUGGAGGCCAGCCUGGCAGAGUACGUGGCGGCGGUGGCGGCGCUAACUGCCACAACUGCCGCAACCGCCGCAACUGCAAUGGGCGGCGCCGCCGUAACGGUUAACACGGCGGCACUGCUGUCGCGGCCGUCGGUUCAACUGCCAACGGCCCAUGUCGGCCAUACCUCCAACGGUGGAGGGGGAGGAGGGGGAGAAGGAGGAGGCGGCGGCAACGGCGACUGCGGUCAUAGCGGCGGCGGCGGCGGCGGCAGUGGCGCCGCUGCGGUUGAGGCGCAGGAGGAGGGCGAGGGUGCGGUUGUGGCUGUGUGCGACCGGUGCAGGCAGCCCAUCAGCGCUCGGCUGUACGCCGCCAACGUGCAACGGCUGGAGGCGGGCUGCGCGGAGGCGCGGCAGGAGUACGAGUCCCGGGCGCAGGUGCUGCGAGCCGAGACGGCGGCGCUGGCUGCCGUGAAGGCUGAGGCCGCAGAGGCGGAUGCCGAGCUGUCGGGCCUGCUACGCCGGCGGAGCGAGCUGGAGCGCAGGGCGGCAGCGGAGGCGCGGGCCGCCGCUGAGGCUGCGGAGCGCGAGGUGCGCGCGGCGGCGGAGGCGGCGCGGCGGGCGCAGGAGGCGGCAUGGCGGGAGGCGGAGGCGGCCCUGGCGGCACUGCGCGCGCGACUGACGACCAGCAGCCGACUGCGAGGGGACUUGCUCGCGGCCGCGGGCGAGCUGGACCGGGCGGCGGCCGAGGCGGCGGCGGCGGAGGCGGGCUGGGUCGAGGCGGCGCAGGCUGUGGCUCUCGAUGCCGGGCUCGUCCCCAUUGCCGCAGCAGCCCCAACACAAACACAAACACAACAACAGGACGAGCAAACCCAGCAGCAGGAUGGCAGCAUUAGCAAUGGCGGGCCUCAGCACCUUUCGUGGCAGGAUGUGAAUGCAGCAGGCGGGCUGCAGCAACAGCAACAACCGCAGCAGCAACAGCAGCAGCAGGAUGUGACAGCCGCGGACGCGGGGGCAGUGCUGGCGGCGCCAGCGGAGGCGCUGGCGGCGGCACGUGGCGUGGCGGCGUCCGCACGAGGCGCGGCGGCGGCGGCGGGCCGCGCGCUGUUGGCCUGGCGGGAGGCGGGCGCGGUGGCGGCGGCGGCGGCACGUGAAGUCAACCCUAAGUCCAUGCUACGUGACCGUGUGGAGCGAGAGCUGGCCGGCCUGAAUGACGAGGUGGCUGCUGCGGAGGCGGCCCUGUCUGCCGCCGAGGCGCACGUGCGCGCCCUGGCCGACGCGGACCGGGCUCUGGGCCGCGGUGGCAUCCCCAGUCUGGUGAUGGAGGAGGGGCUGGCGCAGCUGCAGGCCCACACCUCCGCCUACCUGUCAGAGCUGUGUGAGGGAUUCGUGCUGGAGCUGUCCGCGACCAAGGAGGCGGGCGGCGGCGCUGGUGGAGGCGGCAGGCGGGCCGGGGCCGGCAAGGAGGCGCGGGAGAAGGAGGAGAUCAGCAAGGUUGUCAAGGUGCGCUCGCCCGCCGACGGCAGCCUGCGGCCGCGCGACGUGCGCCAGCUCAGCGGCGGCGAGCGGCGGCGGCUGGCGCUGGCGCUGUGCCUGGGCUACGGCGAGCUGGCGAGGCGGCGGCGGCGGCUGGUGUGCAACGUCAUAGUGCUGGACGAAGUUCUGCAGCAGCUGGACAACACGGGCUGUGAGCUGGUGGCGCGCGUGCUGCGCGACCUGCCGCAGGCCUCUGUGCUGGUGGUGGGCCAGUCCAACAGCAGCGUCACGCGCAACUUCGAGGCCAUGGAUGUGGUGGUGCGGCAGGGCGGCGCCGCGGCCGUGAGGCUGGCGCUGUGAGCGGGCAGCUGUGUGUUUUGGGACGGCGGUUAACGUGUCGUCGAAGUUCGAGGAUUGCGACGAACGCAGAGCGCGGCAGAGAAGAGCUGUUCGAGGCAUUGGCCGUAGAUAGCAGGCAAUGGAAGAGAGCGGGGUCAGCGAGAACGGGUUGGCGUUGCACAUGCCGUAGCGAUAAAAGCACCAAUAAAACGCCCGCUGCAAACGAACAUGUGGUGGGCAGGUAUUGGUGUGUUGCGAUGGACGUGUUGCGUGGCUGGACCGUCCUGCGGCAAACGAGGGAGUCGGGGACGCGGGAAGACUCCUCUGUGUUCCUUUUCAUUCGUGGGCGAGGCCGUAGGGGUUCUGAGGGAGCACAUGGCAUGGGCGAGGGGUUGCUUGGCCCGGCUUGCCACGCGGCGGGAGGGCCAGCUGCAAGAGGCGUGCAACGCGCGCACGUGGAUGAGCAACCCCAGGGGCGCCCCACCUGGACCCCGCUUCCCAUGAGCAAGGAAGUAGGAAUAUGGUGCAUGCCGCAUGCUCAACCUGCUGCCGUUAACCAGCGGCCACACUGAAAUUGAGGGCCCCACAAUUUGCUCUUCAUCAAUACUCUGUACAGUAUGCGGCGCUCACGUGACUGCGAGCACUGUAUGGAAAUGUCGGUCAACCUUUGGCUGACGCCUCUCACCUUUCAUAAACUUUAGCGAGAAUGCCUUAUCUGCAUGCAAGUCCAUAGCCGUUUCAAGAGUAACCCAGGAAAAGGCUGGGUGUGUGCGGGUCGGCGGGGCUUUGACCCAGUGUGACCGGCACUAUCGAGCAUUAGAGCAUGCGCGACUGCACUGCCCAGAUACAGCCAAGUAUCUCGGCUGGGGCGGGCAGCUGCGGGCGCUCAGAAAGAGACCUCCACAUGCGCCAACAUGCGGACCCCAAAACCCACCGCCUGCGAGGCCCUGGGCAUAACCAGAGACCUUACAUGACUGUGUGCAUGCCAUUAUAGCCAUCGCUGCCCACCAUAAGAGAGCAUAGAGUGCAAAAAGGGGGGACCCCUCCUGGAGCCUCGCUUUCAUUGAGU